AUGUCGCUAAAGACUGUUGGGCUAGAAGAGCAGCGAAUUUCCGCUUGUAAUGGCUUGGAUGCAGAUAUGCACAGAGACAUUGCUUGUACAGAGAGGCUUUUGAAAGCUGGAGAACGUUUCUAUCACACAAAAGAUCCGGAGUUACGUCGCAGACUUUUACAUCAAAUACUGGACAUCAUCUAUGAAAUGAUUGAUCUCAAAUAUGACAAGAUGAUCCGUGCAGAUGCACUACUAAGCUCUUCCACCUUUGAUGAUCAUAGGCAGCAGUUGUUGUUUGUUUUCACAUGUUUGGAUCAUUGUCAUCAGUUUGAAGAACUCUCUGAUGAUUUUGUAAAAUGGAUCAUAUGUCGAUUCAUUCGAUCUUGUACCAGCAUAGUUGUUAAUGCGAGAUUCGGAGGUUUUCUACAAGAAAAAAUUUUGCAUCUUGCUGGCCUGAUCAAGGACAAAAUCAAAUUCCUUAACCACAUAGUCAUACAGCUAGCAAAUCUCGUGAAUGGCGGUAAUUCGUUCUCUCUGGGUGAAGCAACUGGCAAAUAUGACUCUCAUAUAGUUCUCUUCGAUAUUCCUGACGGCCGCAGCACCAUAUAUCUAUCACUACUAGAUGUAAUCAGACAUGUGAAGUUCAAUUAUGAGUCACUCUCAUGCAGAUCGCUGCAGAUCCUGUGGAUUUCACUAGUGAAGAUUUGCGCUGAGGGGCAUCCUCGCUUAAAAGCGACAUGUGUCCUUUUGUUCCAAAGACUCCUUUCAUUGGAUCUUGGUAACGAAAUCGUUUGCCGACUAGUUUUUGAUGUCAUAAUGGCUACUGAGGAGUUUAUCCAGAGGGAGGAGAAUUCAGCUGAAGGUCUGGAGACAUUAGUUCAGGCUCACGAAAGUUGCUUGAAGGUGCUAAUGGAACUCCUUGAUGAUAUACAACAUAAGAAAUCAUUCGAUAAUAUUGAUGUUUCCGUUAUUCUGUCUUGGGGAGUUCGUGCGGCAGAACUAGCAUUCGUUUUCCCUGUAAUACCGAUCCGUUUUGAACUGGUUACUACUACCGUUACACGUUUGCUUAGCCGUUUACAUGGUGACCUUCAACCAAAACAUGUGGAGUUGAUUAAUAAGUUGGCUGAUCUCACCCAGAAGCUGGUAGAACGCCUUCUUGACCUGGACCCUAGCAACAGCGGAACUAUUGCAGAGCAUCUUCGAUCAUAUUGUUCAUUUUUGCUUAACGUCGAUGCCCUUUUAUUUCAGACCGUUCGCGGUCAGUGGAUAGCAACCUAUUGUGAAUCUCGUUGGCAAACUUUAAUGCGAACAGGGAAACACGGAGAUGCUAUGAGAAUUAGAAGGAUUGCAACGGCCGCUUUAGCAUUAUGUGAAGGAGAAAAUGCAUCUGUAGUAUUUACAAAAGUUCUUCCGACAGAAAACCAACUUAUAGAGGUCAUCGAGGCAGCAUCUACUCUAGGACCAGCUGCCUCCUCGAUCUUGCUGGCAGUGUUCGAAAUCGUUGGGGAUUUAGUUUCGCAUCAUACAGAAUUUCCCACCACUACCUCAGUGGCUUUUCUUUCUUUACCAUGGCUGGUGGAUCCUGGACUGCAACUGCAAUCUCGCCGACAUAUGACCUCCCUCCCUCUUUUGAAAGAAAUGAAUCGUCUUGCAAGGAUGAACGCCAACAACACAAAUGACAAGAUUCUGGAAUACACGUUGUCUGCUUUGUCUUUCGUUCAUGGAUUCUGCGACUGGCGAAGAACUAUCCUGUUAGCGGCUAUGUCAUCAUCCCGUUCCGUUAUUGUGCAAGCUUCUUUGUCGCACUUGGCAAUGUUUGUUUCCACCCUGGACACACCAUCUCUACACCGUCUUCUAACUCCUGCAGUCGAGUUCGCAUCGAAUCCAAACUUCCCGAAUUUGAAUGUGGAUAUGGCUUGUAUACUGAACGCUCUGUCUCAUUCACUUUGUGCCAGCCAUCCAGCCAGUCGUGUGCAAGGUGCUGAUGGAGUGUCCUGUUCAGCAUGUGAAAAGUUAUCGGCGGGAAUAUCUGUGCCAGAGCAAGAGAGAAUGGAACAACUACCUGGCUUGUUUGAAUUGCUUGUGAAAGUGUUGACUAACGAAAAAUACAAAAAAGAGAAACAUAUCAGACUUGAUGCUGCUGGCUUGACUUUUACCGCCUUAUGUCACAUGAACUGUCCCCCGGAUGUGUAUCUGAGGGUGGCCAAAGCGAGCCUCGGUUUCAUCAACGAUGAAGACGAGGACGUCCGCAGUGUUUAUCAGUCUGCAUUCAAAGUGAUAGUUUCUCAAUCGCUGUCUUCCGAGCUGAUCGACACUAUCUUCACUGAACAUUUUUGUGCAAUCUAUCCAGCGGAAUGCGAGCAGACGAUGAUGGAGGCGUCCAAUCCCUUCUUGGUAUUGGCGGCAAAGCAUUCAAGUUCUCCGGAUCUUGCCGACAAAUCUUUGCAUCAACUGCUCAUCCGUGCUUUGCGCUUCGUUGGAUCCACUGCAAUUUUUGACGAUUGCAAGCGUACCAUUCAAGACUUAACCGCGCAAGAGUUUCCGGAUGGAGCAGACACACGAAGAUUUUUUGCUCGAAGAAAGAGGGCCUUCUGCACCGACAUAGUCGAUGAAGUAGUGUUUGCCUUACGUAUUGAAAACGAUGAAUCUGAUGAAGUUAUAAACGAGGAGAUGGAUGACAUUCUUCAAGUAGCACAGGAAGCAUUUGGAUUCGAGAGCAUUUCUAGUUUCAUACGUUCGUCCGUCUACAUUGUUCCCUUGAUACUGCUGUCGGAUGAAGAAAAUAGAGCGAUUGCUGUAAAAUUUCUAGAGAGGAUUCGAAGUCAUCUUUCAAAACACAAGCAAGAUUUGAUUUCAGAAUGUUUUCCUGCAGUACUGGAGAGACCUUUAAAUUCCUCAAAAAGAAAAUCCUUGAAGACGUUCAUCAAGGAAUACUGUGGAGUUGAAUUGAGGUAUCUUUUCCAUACAAAACGAUUCCUUUGUACAGUUUACGCGUUGCGGAGCAUAUCCCUGGACACGAACGGAUACCUUGAAGUUUUACAAAGCAUGCGUGUUGGUCAAGUGUAUUCGAGAGAACCGUUUUCCCUAACUGCUGUUAUGAAAUUCAAUUGUGAAUACCUUGGAUUUCUUCUUUCAUUUCGCCGCAGUUUGCUCGACGACGAUCAUUAUGAGCAACGGCCCGUCUUAUUAUCAAGUCUUGCAACGAUCAUUCGGUUAAUCGAUGAAAAAUUCCUCGAAGAAACUUGCAAUAAGGUAAUGGUUGUGCUUCGUGCCGCAACAUCUGUCGGAGAGGGCUCGGUAGCCGUUUGGACGGAGUUUGUGCGGAGACUUAGCGACGGAAUGCUUGCCACCUUAUUGCCUAAAAUAUUGAUAGCAAUCCAACCAUUAUUGAAAUUCCCUGCUACCAAUGAUCUGCUUGACAAUAUUUUUGAUAGGAGGAAACCUCUAGAGAUUGAGCAAAGUGAAGCAUUCGAAAGAACCGCAAUGGUUUUGUUGAACAGUGAGGCCGGCGAUUCAUCACGUAUUAACUUCCAUCUCAGAAGAACAUGCACUGACGAUUCUAUCGAACGCAUGAUAACAGGAUGCGUUCGAAUGCUGCUUGAAGAAUGCGACACCGUCGGCAUAGUGGUUUUACAGAAGCUUCUUUCUGUCCUGAAUGGAAGUCCUUUGCCAGAUGCGUUGGCUGCUGCUCUUAUUCCUGCAUUAUUGCACACUAUGCGCAGCUCCGGUGACAGCUUUCUUCGAGUAUUGUCCGCUCAGUGUCUUGGGCGACUUGGAGCUGUGGAUCCUGGUAGGAUUGGCUCAUCCAGUAUCACUCCGGGUGGCGAUCAGAAGAAAAUAGUUUUUGUGGAUGAUGCUAAAGAAUUCUACAUUGACAUCCUGGAACGUGCAUGGCGCGUGUAUUCGAACAUCCUCGAUGCAGAUGUUCUAGACCAAGUGGAGUAUGCCCUACAGUCUCUGCUAUCCGAAUUAGUUGGAAAAACUGACGAGCUGGGGAUAAUGGAGAGGUUGAGUGAGGAAUGUCGGCGAGAUAUUGAACCGUUUCGUAGCAGCAGCUUGGUACAGACGCAUGAUAGGAGAGGGCCAAUAAAAGAAAGGCCAAUCGUUGACCACACUUCUGGAUAUGAAGAAUGGCUGCUUCAGUGUUUCAUAAUUGGGGUUCCAAAAGUUCGUCAACAUCCUGAAAAAGAAGUAUUCAAAGCGCUAAAAUGGAUAGUAUUUGCAAGAGACGCUGUGUUUACACGGCAUAUCCUCCCACAGUUGAUUAUUCGACUCAUUCUUGAGAACAACGAAGGCAUGAUCAAUGAGUACUGCGAUGAGAUGGCCAGUGUGUUACGCAGAGUUGUCACAAACGCAGCAGGCUGGAUGCGGCUAGCAGCUCACGUUGUUUUCUUCGUUCUGGAUACGCUAGAGCAAUUCGCCAUCAGAAGAAUGGCGAAGAAAAGGCCCAAUGAUAGAGAACUGGAGAGAACUCAAACAUUCCUAUCUCGGGUGUUCUCGGAAAAGACUCCUGACGGGUCUUUAUUAGUCGUACAGGCUGCAGAAAGGUGUCAAUGCAUGCAUAGAGCACUUCGUUGGUGUGAACAACAUGAAAUCAAACAGGAUGACCUCGGUUGCAAUAUAUUUGAUCGUAAUCACUUCUAUACACUUGAGCGCAUCUACACUCAGCUCCAAAACGUUGAUGGUGUCCUGGGGUCUUACGAAUGUAUUUCUGCGUGUACGUCUCCAACAGCCGAUGAAAGAAUUCUAGCGCUUGAAGCUAACGGAGAUUACAAUGAAGCACUUCCAUUGUAUGCACAAUCAGUGAACAACAAGGAGCUGCAAUUGAUCAAAUGUCUUCUACGAUUGAAUCAACCUCAACUGGCACUUAAUACAGCGAUUUCUUUCUAUGAAAAAGAAAGUGAGGACAAAUCGCCACAACUUGUGAGCUCUUUGGCGUCAAGUCAGCUUGAAGCAACUUGGCAUUUGAGAGAUUGGAGCAGACUAGAGAAGAUGGUGCUGAGAUCUGAUCCCCUGCUUGACCGAAACGACUCCUCCUGGGGAGCAGCAUGUGCAUCCAUUCUCUGCGCAAUCAAACGACGAGAACCGCUGAAAUUGACAGAGCGACUAUUGGCAGCACGUCAACGACUUGUAGAGCGAAUCACGGCAAAAACUAUAGAGGAUUCGAACACCUAUACUCAAGCAUACAAAUACAUUGUCGAUUUACACAUCCUAGAGGAGAUUGAUGAGUCUAAGGAUACGCUUUCUCUUCUAUCUUCACGUAGAGCAGUAAAUCUGAGUGCGAUAUUGGACAAGUGGCAGGCUAGGUCAGAAUGUGUUGUGCAAUGUUCGAACAUCUUGGAGCCGAUCCUCCUAGUCCGUCGCGAACUUCUACGAGCAUCGGCCGAUGCAGGAGCUGUAAAUCGCCAUGAUGUUGACAACGCACUCACACAACUGCUCGUACAGAGUUGUCGCCUAGCACGUCAAUCGGGCCACCUACAAAUCGCGUGGACGUUUUUAGUGGAAGCGAAAGCAUUAGGCGUCAACCUCAAAGAUGUUGGAAUGGAAGAAGCGAGGUUUGAGUUCCAGAAGGGCAACCAAUCGCAAGCGAUAGGAUUGUUGACAAAACUGCUCACAACAGAAUUCUCCGACAUGAAUAAAUUAUUCACAAACUUUGUACAAUGGCAUGAGGCUGGCGCUAAAAGUAGCCCAGAUUCUCCGGACAUUCUUGUGAAAAACACCGGUAAAGAGUCGAGGGCUGCGUUUGCUGAAGUGCAGCUACUUCGUGCGGAGUACAUGUUGAAGUCUGGAGCAGUAGCGGCCACUGAUUUGUAUCAGAUCUACUUGUCAUUGCAGAAGUUUGAUGUACCAUCGGAAGAUCUACAUUAUCGUGUAGCUGUCUUCUGUGAUGGUAUGUACAGUAUCGACACGGAGAAAGUCCGAAGUGAUCUAGUCGCUAAUAUUCUAAAAUCCUAUGCAAAUGCUCUUCGAUUCGGCCGCAAUCAUUUGUUCCACGCAAUGCCAAGAAUGUUGACCAUUUGGUUGGACGUUAGUCAGAAGAAGACAGAGAUGAUGCGCACCCGAGGUUCUGAUGCUCGAGCUAUUGAAAUGAAUCAUCGCGAUAACAAUGAUAUCACACAAAUGAACACAGAAAUUUCUCGAGCGUCUCGUCAAUUGGAUUCAUAUGCGUUUUAUACCGCUUUCCCGCAACUAAUUUCUCGAAUAGUCCAUCCGAAUGUCUCAGUUUUCACAACUUUGAAGGCAAUCCUAGCUGAUCUAAUCUGUAAAUAUCCCCAUCAAUGUCUAUGGCAAUCCAUUGCGGUCUAUCGCACUGGUCCUUGGCAAAAGAACAUUCGACAAGAAAGGUGUUCACAGGUGUUUGCAGUUGUCAAGAAUAAACGACACAACAUGGAUCAAUUGAUCGAUCAGUACGACUAUGUAGCAACAAUCCUGAUUGAGCUAGCAGAGAAAAAAAUAAGAACGUGUGGUUCAUUUUCUGAUUUGCCCAAAGUGUCUCCUCGUUUGCAUAAAUUUUUCACGAAAGGAGAGCUAUGCAGCGAUUUACUAAUGGGAGCGAAAGAACGAGGCUUGUCUGGAAUGCGAAUCGUUACACCUUCGGUUAUGAUCCCAUUGACGGAAAUGCUUGAGCAUGCAUUGCCCAAAGACUUCUCUGACAAGGUCUGCCAGUUCUCUCAAUUUGUAAUGGACGCAGCCACACCCACUCAAUCGCCAACAGAAUUGCCUGAAGUGUUUAUCUCCAGUGUAGAUCCUGAUUACCUGGUUCUUAAAUCGAUGGUGAGGCCGAAACGCAUAGCUCUCCGUGGUGGUGACGGCAGGAGAUAUUUAAUAAUGUGCAAACCAAAUGACGAAUUACGCAAGGACGCUCGUUUUAUGGACGUUAACAGGAUGAUGAAUAGCCUGAUGAGGCAAAAUGCUGAUGCUCGUCGACGACAACUUUCGGUUCGCACAUUCAGCGUAAUUCCAUUGCAGGAGGCUGGAGGUAUUGUGGAAUGGGUACCGAAUUUAACACCUUAUCGUGGAGUGUUGCAGCCACUUUUCGAAGAAAAAGGUGAUCCUUUAGCAGACGCGCAAUGGUUUACUAACUGGAAUGCAACUUCUUCUUUGGAAGAUCGUCUAGACAGAUUGAGAUCUGUAUUUUAUCGCCGUUAUCCGUUGGUUAUGGCUGAAUGGUUUAGGUUUGUUUCUGGAUUUUUUUAA